AUGGGUAUUAAAGAUUAUGAGAAAAAUAGCAUCGCUGUGAAUAAUAAAGAUGGUCAGGAAGACAGUGUUUCCAUAAAUAAUAAUAACUAUGACUUUAACGUGAGCAAUCAUGGUGAUGACGAUGAUAGUAUUAUCACGAGUACUAAUAUUGGUGAGGAUGAUAGUAUUAAUGUAGAUGAUGUAGUUAAUGAUAGUAUUAUUCUAAGUAGUCAUGAAGCAGUUGAAGAUAGUCUUAUCAUGUGUAAUAAUAAUGGCGAGAAUGAUGGUAAUAAUGUAAGUGAUAUUGGUGAUGCGGGUGAUAGUGAUAAAAUGUGUAUUAAUAAUGGUCAGGACGAUAGUAUCAUUGUGAGUAAUCAUGAUGAUGAUAAUAAUUUUAAAGAUGAUAGUAUUGUUAUAGAUAAUAAUAAUGAAGAUAGUCUUGAUGUAUACAUUAAUAACUAUAAGGAAGAAAAUAUGAAAUUGGCAUCUGAAAUUUCGAGACUUAAUGAUGAGCUUGACAAAUUGAAACAAUCAGAAUACAUUAACAACUAUAAGGAAGAAAAUACGAAAUUGGCAUCUGAGAUCUCGAGACUUAAUGAUGAACUUGACAAAUUGAAACAAUCGGAAUACAUUAAUAACUAUAAGGAAGAAUGUAAGAAAUUGGCAUCUGAAAUUUCGAAACUUAAUGAUGAACUUGACAAAUUGAGACAAUCAAACCAACAGAAACAAGAAGACAGUUCUAUGAUUAGUAUGUUGAAAUUAUGUCUUAAUGAUUCAAACAAGCAUCUUAACAAACUUAUUGAAGAGUUGAAAACGGCCGAAAAUGAAGCCCAACACCUUAAAUUGCAAUUAAAUGAUACCAAAGGCCAGAAUAAUAGGCUUGAGACAGAUUGUGCAAAACUAUACCAAGAAAAGGUUCAACUGGAAGCAAGUAAAAAAAUAUCCAUUGAUGAAAAUAUCAAACUUGAAGAUUAUAACAAACAAUUAAAUCAUAAGUUAAUAAAAUUACAAAAUUAUAAAAGUAUGUCAGAUUAUUCUUUCGAUCGUUUAGAAACGAUCAAUAAUGACUUGAUGAAAAGUAAUGUCAAACUAGACUCACAAUGUGCUAUCAACGAAUCUAUAAUUGGAGGACUUGAACAUGUCGUUAACAGUCAAACAUAUGAAAUAAGAGAAUUAAAAGAAAAGAUUGACAACCACCAAUGUACCUCUUAUAUGAAUAAAGGAAAAGAAAAACUGUCAGUACAGGAAGAUUUAUUAAAAAAAAUCUCAUUUUUAGAGAAAGAGCAUUUGGAAAAGGAUGAAAAAAUUGAACAAUUUGUGUCCAGGUCUAGCGAUCAAGAAAAGGAAAUAGCCCGCUUGAAAAGUAUGUACAGUAAAAACGUGGGAAAAUUAGAAUUAGAAUUGGAUAGGGAGAUAAAGAUUAGUGAAGCAUGUGUUAAUAAGGUUUAUAAAUAUAAUGAAAUUAUUCGAACUUUGAUAAAGGAAAAUGAAGAUUUGAAAAAUCUUAGAGAAAAAGAACAAGGUGAAAAAGCAAAACAAUAG